AUGGACGAAGGAAUGAUAAGCUGUCCAAGUCCUGAACCACAAGUACUAGAAGAUGUUCCAGAGUUGAUGCAACACAUACAAUCGCGGUUGCCAGUUAAUGCAGCAGCCCAGACCAGCAUGCUGUCCAAGUCAUGGCUACAUGCUUGGUCUACCAUCCCUAUCCUCAGAUUUCAUGUUCCCGAAGAACAAGGAAGAAAGCAGUUGAAGUUGGUCUAUAUUGACAACACCUUAAUAAGGUAUCUCCGUGACAACAUACCAAUCGAAAGCUUUGAGCUUAAUAUCCGACUUCAGAGAAAGGAGCAUGCUUCUCUUGCUGAACAGUGGAUACGUUCUGUGGCAACCAAAACUUAUCUCAAAGAGCUUUCCUUCAGAAUCAAAUUUGACCAAGUCUCGAUGAAUUUGCCAGAUGAGAUAUUCUCAUGUGUAAACAUAACAAAGAUAAGAGUUUCAGCUACAGAUAUGAAAAACCACGCCCUUUGGAUAACAACUAGCCAUCAAUAUCCAGUAAUCAAAUGUGUUUCCCUACGAGAACUGCACUUGUGGGGCGUGAGGAUAAGUCAACAAGUACUUGACCAUAUAUUGUCGUCUUGUAGGUUGCUUGUGGAGAUAAAGCUAAAAUAUUGUUCCAAGGACCUGAACACCAUCAAGGUUAAAGGCCUUCCUUGUCUUGACAAAUUGGAAAUAUUUACAUUCGAUAGACGGCACUGUCCUACUAUGGAGAUCAAUAAUGUCCCGAAUCUUCGCUUGUUGAGCUGCAACCUAUGUCCUCUGGGACACACUGUGAUGCGUCUUGUUUCAUUCAACAACACUCAUUCAAUAUCAUUAGGAAACAGUGUGACACAAUUAUGGUUAGGUGGUCCAGGUCUAGUGAGAGACGAUGCAUCUCUAUACAUAAUCAAAUCCGGAUUACCUUUUCUCAAGAGUUUGACACUUAAUUUGACAUAUUGGACAUUGGGAAGCUUCCAUUUUGCAUGUGCUUCCAUCACGAGAUUUUCCUUGAUGUCUUGGCCAGAUAGUCUUAUCAACAUACAGAUUAACGCUCCAAAAUUAUUUUUUUUCAGCCUCUAUGGCUGCACAAUGCCUAGUCUCUCGUUUCCACUAUCCACUACGCCUGAAGAAAUCACAUUUCGGAUGAUACCCUGGAGAACUUUUGAUGCUUCUUUUCUUCUUAAGAUGAGGGAAGCACUUAAGUUAUCGAGGAAAUGCUACGUUCAUAUAGCACCCUGCUGGGACUCCAAACCUAGGCCGCCAUUGAACAUGGACCUCCUUGAUGAUUUAAAAACAAGGCUCCAGUUUCCUCCUGCUACGAAUGUGGAAACUCUUUCAUUUGAAACGUCUCAGGAUGAAUGCCAGUGGGAAAGCUCCCCAUUUUUUCAUGCGUUUUUUGAGAUUUGCCAUCCCAAACAAGUAAUUGUAAAGCCAGACGUUUGCAAGAUGAUGUUGGGGGAGGUCUUCGAGAAGAAGACAAAAAUAGCCGCGUAUUGGCCGAAUUACCUGAAACAUGUCCAAAAAAGAAGACCUCAUGAAAGAUGGGACACCCUAACAGAUUCCCACCCCAUAUUUCUAGACGGGAGCAGGCCUUACUACGCCGACUUCAAACUUGAGUGGUCUUAA